UGAAGAUGCCCAUCCAGCAAAGCAUGUGGCUUAUCACCACAACGCCCAGCAGAAGAUCCUGGGACUGAAGCGCGCACGUCCCUUCACGCCCAUGGCCUGGACUGAGUUUCAGCUGGCCUGCUGAAGCCAUGGGGAGCUGUUGGAGCUGUCUGUACAGGGACCCCAUCCGAGACAACCAUCUCACCAAGUUUAAGGUCAUCAAUGUGGACGAUGAAGGCAACGAGCUGGGCUCCGGCAUCAUGGAGCUCACCCAGACCGAGCUCAUUCUACACACGCGCAAGAGAGACGCCAUCAGAUGGCCGUACCUCUGCCUGCGCCGCUACGGCUACGACUCCAACCUGUUUUCGUUCGAGAGCGGGCGGCGCUGUCAGACGGGACAGGGGAUCUUUGCCUUCAAGUGUUCUCGCGCCGAGGAGAUCUUCAAUCUUCUCCAGGAGCUGAUGCAAUGCAACAGCAUCAACGUGGUGGAGGAGUCCAUGAUGAUGACUCGCAGCGGCCACACGCCAGAGAUGGAGAUGUCUCGCACGCCGCAGACACCCAACACCCCAGCUUUCCCCGUGCAGGCUUUUCCCAACGGAUACCCUGGUUAUCCAAUCAGAGGAGAGUCGUCCCAGCCUUCCCUCCCUGAGGACCACGGACACAACCUGAUGGGUUUGGAAGACCAGACUCACACCUACGUGAACACUGUUAGCAUGGAGGGGGAUCUCGCCAUGCGUCACUGCGUGCACGCCCUGUCUGAGGUGCGCCCCGGCGCUUUCCCCGAAGCAACACGCGGGGCCAUGCCAGGCGGGGUCCAAGGGACCACGCAGUCCAACCUGCGCUGCUGCCCCCUGGAGGAGCACAAAGAUCCUCAGGUGUUCCUCCAGCCGUCGUCGCAGGAGGUGAAGUUCAUGCUGGGCCCCACGCCGGCGCAGCGUCAUCACCUGCAAAGGGAGCGGGAGCGGCUCGCUCACGGCCCCCACAGCCUCCAGCCAGCAGAGGGCGCAACCGGCUCAGAGACGGAUGGAGACGAGGUCCCCGUGCACAUGUGUAACUCGCUCUCCUUUCACCAUUUCCAUCACCACCCUCACAGGCACCCGUGCCACGAGCACCCGGACAGCUGCGGGAGUGCCGAGCUGACCUACGAGAACAUCAACGGCCUGAGGAGCGGCCGCAAGCAGCGGCUGAGUCCCAGCAGCGUGUCUCAGUCGGUGGGCUCCAGCAGCAGCAGCAGCACCGGGGACAGUCACUCCCACUCCCUCCUGCACCCCCACGCGCCGUCCUCGCUUCCUCCGCUGGGCUACGGCUGCGAGAGAGCCAUGGGCGGAGGUCACCGCCGGACGGCCUUGCUCAACUACGAGAACCUGCCCUCGCUGCCGCCCGUGUGGGAGUACAGCGCCCUGCAGCGGGACGACGAGCAGGAGGAAGAAGACGACGAGGCGGAGGAAGAAGAGUACGAAGAGGAAGAGGAAGACUUUGACGAAUACGAGUUCUCGGAAGGCCCCGGGACCACCAAUGGCUACCACCAGGAUGGGCGAGGCAUCCACAGGGACGCCCUUCAGAACUACGUCAACACAGAGACGGUGCAGCCGCCCAGGCUGCGACACAGCUGCCCCCCGCACCCGCGGCCAUGUCAGCCCGACAGAGGGGGGCGGGUUUUUAGCUUUGAUUUCCGCAGACGAUCCAGGUCGGGGGUCGGCACCUGCGAGCACGGCCACAUGCCUCCGUCGCGCCAGCUCAACUACAUCCAGGUAGACCUCGAGGGAGAGGCUCUCGCCGGCGGGGGCGGCCAGCCGCAGCACCAGCGCCUCCUGCCCAAAAAGUGCGGCCCCCAAGCUCCCAGGCGCAGCGAAUGCUACGCCGUCAUUGACCUGAAGAAGACGGCAGCCAUGUCCAACCUGCAAAAAGCUCUGCCCAGGGAUGACGGGACUUCCAGAAAGACUCGCCACAACAGCACAGACCUGCCUCUGUAGACCAUGUCGACCAUGCAGACGGAGCUUGGUUUCAGCACACGGAACCCUCCACUGUCAUCCGUCCUUUAGGACUUUGGCGUUGACUCAGACAGAACCUGAUCGGUGAAAGGGAACCUCUGUUAUUUAUUAGCUACGUGUUGUGACGUUUAAAUACUGUCAGCCGGACGUGACGUCGUUCCGAGUGAAGCCGCUUCCAUCUUGUAACGGAAUCACCACCCCCGAACCAUUCCCGCUCUUCAUUCUUCCUCGGGCCGACGCUUCGAAAAAGAAAGUCCCCGCCAGUGUUUGUACCUCAUGGCCGCCACCCGUGUGGCCACUUUAAAAAAAUGCUCCUUUAGUUCUUCAUAAAAGCCCAUAGAGCAGUUUGCACACAAUCCUAUGGAAUUGUAUUUUUCGGGUUCUAGGGAGUUUUCGCAACAGCCGAACUGACCGAGGUUGUAUUUUGGGGGCACCCGAGCAGAAGGGACACGUAGCACAAAGAGAAUCCAGUGUAGCAUAUUAUGCUCCAUCGCGCCGUGUUGCACUUUUGAAGAUGCUCUUUGUUUUCCGCAAUGUCUCCACCUGAGCCGCACGCUCAUCGUAAGAUGGAAAGAAGGCUUGUUUUGUAGACUUGGCCAGAGUUUGUAGUUCUUUCACGGUUCGGAAGACGACAUCCCGCGUAACCUCAUGGACGCUCAUAAGGUCACCUAAAAUGUGCUGAAUCAACACUUUGCCUGUCAUCAGGUAUGAUCGUUCGGCGUAAAAAAGGUAAGCAAGUUUGUUUUUGUAUUGGUGAUGACUUUCUUAUUUAUUUUCUUAUUUAUAGGCCUUUCUUAGUGCGUUACAGUGGUACUUCGGUUUUCGUACACCACACUUUUAGGACAACAUUUGUUUUACCCUCUCAGUUAUUCUACAGCCACCAUAACCUUAGUAACAAAAUUGUCUGUUUUCCCGCAUAUCAUUUUGCAAAAUCGAUUGAUUCAGCCUUCAGUCUUUUUUUAUUGAGUACGACUGCUAAAUAUUCCACCAUGGGCCAAAUAAAGUUGCAAGUGAAAGCACUUUGAUAAGGAAGGUGAAAAACACUAUUGACUUCGAGAAAAAACUCAAAGCGAAGUACAAGGGUGGCUUUCCCAUCAUCAACAUCUCUGUCAACAAGAGUCUUUGGUAAAUAUAAAAACGUUAAAUGUUAAUUUAUUCAUAUCAUUCAAUAUUUUCUGAAUGUACAUUUUUUUUUUUAUAAAAUGUGCUUUGUGUUAUUAUUUUAAGUUUUUGGAUCUACAUUUUUUAA